AGCCAAGCAGGGAAUUCAUGAAUUAGAAAUUAGUUUUGGCGGGGAACUUGACCUUCAUAAACAUUACAAAAACUGUAAGAAAAAUCCUGCGCAUCAAAACUUUUUUCCAGUGAGUAAAUUAGAGAAAUAUCACCUCCCUGAACCUUACUGUUCGAGUGAAAUCAUAGACUGGAUUAGGCGUAUGUCAGCGUUCACUGUUAAAAUUUCUGUAAGGUAUGUAAGUCCUAACCGGCCGCCUGGAUAUCCCCUAUCAAGCC